AAGUACGUAAGAAAUAUUCCCACAACAUGACAUUAGAUCAGGAAUCCUUAGCUAAAAACGUUGAGGUGAUAUCAAUAAACGACUCAAAACCUGAAGAAACAGGUCCCGUGGUUCCUCACGAACGUCAAAUCGUCGAUGCUGUCAUUGCCAUCUGGAAGGAAGAUCCCGCCACUGAAUCACUUGGAAUAACCAAAUUGCACGGUUUAGUCAAGGCAAAACAUCCAAAUUGGUCUGUUUCUGAGAAGAGAGUCAAAACCUUGUUGAAAAAGUUUGGAUUAUUGAGCUCUUCAUCUAACGAACAAUUCACAUAUGCAUCUGAAAUCAAAUCUGAAAAUACUCCUGAUAUCGAAUUGCCUUCCAAGGUUCAAAUAGUGAUGACUUCUAAAAGAGGUAAGGGGUUAUAUGCAAAACAUAAUAUUGCCAAAGGUGAAUUAAUCUGGGAAGAAGAACCGUUAUUUUUUAUCCCACCUUUGGCCAACAUUAACUUGAUCAAAUCAGGAACUGCUUGUUCUCAUUGUGGGAGAUUAUUACAACAAAGUGAAGGAAACACAGUAUUGAGAGGAUUAGAUUGUCAAGUCUGUGCUGAAGUUUGGUGUGGAACCAAAUGUAAGAAGUUGGAUGGAGUAUUGCAUGGUCUUUUAAAGCAUAAUGUGUACAAUCCAAAUGCUAAACGAUCUAAAUUAUUUGACCCUGAGGCAUUCUUACAUAUGCAAGAUUACUGUUUGGAAGACCAAUGGAAUGCUCUUUAUGCCAUCACAUUGAUCUAUGCUGAUAUUCUUAAUGAUAAAUCUGGAACCAAGGCAAAGCAAUUUAAGGCUAUGGCCAGAGUAUCACAAGAUAUCAGAUACAAGGCUUUAAACUCAUCUGCAGGUGCAUUCGAUACUUUGAGUGGUGGGGCAUUAUUUGUUCAAGAACAGCAAGAAAACUUAUGGAAGUUGGGUUAUGAAAAAUUCCUUCGUAUUUUCCCUUCAAAUCCAAUCGAUUAUCAAGAAUUCAUGUACAUGAUGGGAACAUACAACAUCAACAAUUUAGACUCCAAUGUUUUCUUAAUCCAAUCCCAUUUGAAUCACAAUUGUAACCCUAACACAUCAGUUGAAACCGAAUUACUUCGCACUGAUGGUUUAAAAGUUUACGCAGCUAGAGAUAUCAGAGCGGGUGAAGAAUUAACCACAACAUAUGUCAACCCAAAAAAUACUGUCCAACAAAGGCAACGAGAAUUACGAGUCAACUGGGGAUUCCUUUGUGGAUGUGAGAAAUGUAAGGAGGAUUUAAAACAACAACAUCGUCGUAAAUCUUCAUGUAAUGCUCCCGCUUCAGCUGCAAAUAUUAGAAAUAUGUUGAAUGAAACCAAGGAUAGUGUUGGUGAAGAAGGUAUUGAAUUGGCUAUACCGAACCAAGUUUCUGGUGAGAGAAGAAAAUCAGUUAGAUUCGAUGAACAUGUUCUUGCAGUUAAGUAGAUGUAUAUUUUGCAAUUCAAUCAAUUCACAUGU